CGAACCCCCACCACCCUCCCAGGACCAUCAUGGACGUCAGAUCCAACGGAUCGUGGCCUCCCGUCGACGAGGUAAGGGGUUCCAGUAUCUCGUCGACUGGGUGGGCCGCGGUCCCGAGGAUCGGUCCUGGAUCCCGGGCUCCGCCAUCCCGGACCGCUCAUUCAUUGACUCGUUUCUCUCCUCUCGUCCGUCUACGUCCUCCUCUGGGCCGCCAGGUGGCGAUCCUUGAGGGGGGGGUGGUGUCAGGACUCAGCUGGCAGGGCCAUGCAGCCUGUUGCCAUCUUUGCUUCGUCCACAGGUGUUCGCGGUUGGCUGGUGGGCGGAGUAGGCGCACCUGCAGCUCGUCAGCAGCACCGGAGCUGCACUAUAAGAUCUGCACUCGGACAGCGGGUGGAUGCCUGAGUGUUACCGUUGUGGUACCUCCUCGUGCUCCUUCGUCCUCCUUCGAGCUCCUCAGUCCUUCUCGUGUCGCUUCUUGGGAUUUCCCCGUUCAUCUUGAGUGGAGCCUUGCUUCUCGGACGAGACGCACUCCCGACGACUCCCAGGUUCCAUCCGCUGUCCUGAAUCCUCCGGUGCUGCUCGGACCUCUCGCCCCGCUCUCAGCCGCCCGGACACCUUCGACCAACAUUCAGCUGAGUCCACACUGCCGUCCUCCCCGGUCGGGUUUCUUGCACCUCGUGAUCGACCUGGUCCCCGCCGCCCGAGUUCCUGCCCGAGUAUCUUCCAGCCCGCAGAUUAGCUUCGCCGCCUAGCAUUCUCGCCUGUGUAAACAAUAAACCUUUUAAACUUA